AUGUUAGGGAGCAUUGACUGCAUGCAUUGGGAAUGGAAAAAUUAUCCUGUUGCAUUGAAAGGACAAUAUGUUCGAGGCGAUCAUGGGAAACCAACUGUUAUGCUUGAAGCAGUGGCUUCACAAGACUUAUGGAUUUGGCAUGCAUUCUUUGGGGUAGCGGGUUCAAACAACGAUAUUAAUGUGUUGAACCAAUCCAAUGUCUUCAACGAUGUUCUGCAAGGACGAGCUCCCGAGGUUCAUUAUACAAUCAAUCGUACUGAAUACAACAAGGGUUAUUAUCUAUCAGAUGGUAUUUAUCCUGAAUGCGCCACGUUUGUAAAAAGUAUCCUGAUGCCACAAGGGGAUAAGAGAAAAUUGUUUGCCCAACAUCAAGAAGGGGCAAGAAAGGAUAUUGAACGAGCAUUUGGAGUUCUUCUAUCCCGAUUUGUGAUCAUACGUAAUCCAACACGAUCUUGGCACUUAGACACAUUCCAGCGCAUAAUGAAUACAUGCAUCAUAUUACACAACAUGAUUGUUGAAGAUGAACGUGCAACAUAUGGUGAAAUUUUUGAUUUUUCUUAUGAUCAUUUGAGUAAUGAUGCGACAAUAUUGUCGAAUGAUUCUAAUAUUGAUUUUCAAGAGUUCAUGUGUAGAAGAUUUGAUAUUCGUGAUAAACAAGUUCAUCGACACCUUCAACAAGACUUGAUAGAACAUAUAUGGCAACGUUAUGGACAUGAGAAUAACAACAAUUGA